UGAGGCUGAAUUAUUGAUGAUGUCACAGUGUCCGUCUCCCUGUGAGGACGACGAGCAGCAAACAGAAAAGAAGGAAGGAGACACAGGACAACCACAGAAGAAUAGACGAAAGAAGAACAGAAGAGGAGAGAAUAAACAACAAACAGAGAAAACAACAGAAGGAGAAAAGACAAACUGAAGGAAGAGAAGAAGAGACAGACAGGAGGAAAUGAAACAAAAAAAGACGACAGGGGAGAAGGUGUAAACAACAACAAUAACAACAAACAAGAGGAGGAAAUGAUGUGAAGAGACAGGACAAGUCCAGAACAAAAUGGCUGACGACAGAAAAGUAGAAGAAGAAGGCGAAGAAGAAGAAGAAGAAGAAGAGGAGGUGACCUGUCAGCCCCUCCCCCCUCCUCCUCCCGCUGUUGCCGUAGAGACGAUGAUGUCACCGCGGAGGCAGGACCUGGUGUGCAUUGUGUGCUUCGGCAGUUAUGACCUGGUGACGCGGUUGCCGCGGCGACUGCAUUGUGGCCACGCCUUCUGCCAGGCAUGUCUGAAGAGACUGGACACGGUCAUUAAUGAACAGGUGUGGAUCCCAUGUCCCCAGUGUCGACAAAACACGCCACGGCCCCGAGGAGGAGCAGCAGGUCUGGACCUGGACUUGGCGUCCUUCCUGGGAGUGAAGGCCCAGCAGACCUGCACCUCCUCCUGCUCCCUGUCCUCUUGGAGCUCCGGCCGCAGGCAGGGGGCGCCAGCUGUGGACGCCACCCCAGAUGGUAAACUGUGGCUGGGGAAGGAGGUGACUGAUGACAGCUGGUCACACGGAGGUCUGGCUGAGCCACGCUUUCACAGCUAUGGCAGCUGCUGCCCGCCACCGUCCUACUGGCUGUGCUGCUGGUUCUGCUGCCCAGGGCGGGGCUAG